UACUUUUUCGCCUUGGACCAUACAUGUUAUCGCUCCCAACAAAGCUGACCGUGUUCAACUUUUGUCAAAGUACUGUUCAGUGUAACCGGUGUCGGUGUUGGUAACUUAUUGCUGUUGAUUCCAGUUCGUCAUGUCGGACACGUGGAGCAACAUUCAGGCGCACAAGAAGCAGCUGGACUCUCUGCGGGAGAGGCUGCAGCGGCGGCGGAAAGACCCAGCACAACAGUCCUCUGAUGGCGGAAGCAGUACAGAGGGUUCCACAGCCAGGAGUGACAGCCCGGCUCCGUCAGCUCCGCUCCCCCCUCAAGAGGAGACAGAAAAACCACCAGACCCCGAACUAGAGAAGAGGCUGCUGGGGUAUCUCUCUGAUCUGAGUCUUUCAAUGCCAACGGACUCCCUUGCCAUCACAAGUGAACUCAGUUCUGAGACAGCUGUCAGUCAUGGAUGCAUCCAGAGUCUGCUGCUAAAAUUCUCUGCUCAGGAACUCAUCGAGGUCCGGCAGCCCACAUCAGCCUCUUCUUCUACUACUUCCCCCUCAAUCGUGGUAGCAGUGGACCAUACAAAACUAUGGGCCAUGAUCGGUUCUGUGGCUGGAGCCCAACGGGCUGGAGUCAAGAGAAAAGCAGAAGAUCAAACCCACCACAAAAGAGCUCCAGGCUUCUCACCCUCACUUCAGAGCCCUGCUUCUCCUCCGCUCUCUUCCUUCACCUCUGUGACGCCGGCUUCCUCCUCACAGCUGGCAGGGCCUUCAGCAUCGGGGAGCGGGGCUGAUAAGAAGGGAAAGAGCAGUAAAAGCCAGUCGUCCCAUUUGGACAUGGAGAUAGAGAGCCUCCUGAACCAACAGUCCACUAAAGAGCAGCAGAGCAAGAAGGUGAGCCGAGAGAUUCUGGAGCUGCUUAAUGCCAGCACAGCUAAGGAACAGUCCAUCGUGGAAAAGUUCCGGUCUCGCGGCCGAGCUCAGGUCCAAGAGUUCUGCGACCACGGGACCAAAGAGGAGUGUGUGCGCUCUGGGGACACACCGCUGCCGUGCACCAAGUUACACUUCCGUCGCAUCAUUAACAAGCACACGGACGAGAGCCUCGGUGACUGCUCCUUCCUUAACACGUGUUUCCACAUGGACACCUGCAAAUACGUCCACUAUGAGAUCGACAGCCCUCCAGAGGCCGAGGGGGGCCUGCUGGGGCCCCAGGCCGGGACCACAGAGCUCGGCCUCUGUGCGGGGGACGCCGACAGCAACGUGGGCAAACUGUUCCCCUCACAGUGGAUCUGCUGCGAUAUCCGCUACUUGGACGUGUCCAUCCUCGGUAAGUUUGCGGUGGUGAUGGCCGACCCUCCGUGGGACAUCCACAUGGAGCUACCCUAUGGUACACUGACUGACGACGAGAUGAGAAAACUCAACAUCCCCAUCCUGCAAGAUGAUGGCUUCCUCUUCCUCUGGGUCACCGGAAGGGCUAUGGAGUUGGGCAGAGAGUGUCUCAGUCUUUGGGGCUAUGAUCGAGUUGAUGAAAUAAUUUGGGUGAAAACAAACCAGCUUCAAAGAAUCAUCCGCACAGGAAGGACAGGCCAUUGGCUGAACCACGGGAAGGAGCACUGUCUGGUGGGUGUAAAAGGAAACCCUCAGGGAUUCAACAGAGGUUUGGACUGCGACGUCAUUGUGGCCGAGGUCCGCUCCACCAGUCACAAACCAGAUGAGAUCUACGGUAUGAUAGAGAGACUCUCGCCCGGCACCAGGAAAAUUGAGCUUUUCGGUCGACCCCACAACGUCCAGCCCAACUGGGUAACUCUUGGAAACCAGCUUGAUGGCAUUCAUCUCUUGGAUCCUGAUGUCGUGGCUCGAUUUAAGAAUCGUUAUCCGGAUGGCGUCAUCUCUAAACCCAAAAACAUGCAGUGAUGACAGUGGUCGCAGGUUUGGAAGAAGUUUAUCAAUAGACUGUGUUUUUUUUUUUAUAUCCGUGAACAACUUUCUCUAAUAAAUGUUGUCAACAAGA